UCAGUUCGUGUCAUAGUAGUUGAUAGUGGAAUACUGUUUAAAAAAAAGCGUAAUAAGAAGUAUCUCAUCAUUUUAAAGAAUAUAUUUAAUUCCCUGACGACUAAUAAAUAGUACAAUUAUUUUAUUAGUAAUUCAAUUUUUCUUUAAUGGCUGUGUUUACAUAUGAAACACGAACAAUAUUAUAGUCGCUGUACGUAGAUAAUUGUUUCAUGCAAUAUCAAAAUUUUAAACGUACAAAUGUAAAGGUCAUGUAUUGCAGUGUACGGUUAAAACCAUUAUAUUACUACUGUAUAAACAAAUUAUUUCAAUCAAUGAUGUUCGAUUAUUACAUUUAAUUGUUACAAUAAAUCAAAAAUGACUACCGCAAAGACAAAUUCAAUAUCAGGAGAGGAAAGUAGCGAGGCUUCAGAUGAAGAAGUAAAAUCAGAAAUAGAAAUGUCUAAAAAAUCAAGUACAUCUUUAUGCAAACUUGAUGAAAAAGGCCGAUUAAAUCUUGACAAUAUAUUGUCAUCCUUUAAUGGUCCUGUCGGAGAAGAACAAGCAUGGGCAUUAUGUUAUCAGGCUGCUAAAACCUUGUCUUCUCUUCCACAAAAUAAAUGUUAUAAGCUGUCUAAACUAUCACAAAUAUUUCUUCACAAGGAUGGUGAUGUUGUUAUAGAUACAAAAUGUUCAAUUGUCUCUGAACGAAAAGCGGUUUAUUAUUUGGGGACUAUAAUUUUUAAAGCUCUUGAUUUUGGCUCUAAGAAAGAAGAAGAGAGAACUUUGCCCCCUGCUUUGGAAAAGCUUAUUACACUAAUGACAAAUUCAGAGCAAGAUUCUAGAACUGAUUGUGAGACAAAUACAGAACGUUUGCAAGAAACAGAUGAUGAAGGUAUCGAGAGAGAUUCAGGAGAAAUGGAUAUAGACGAAUUCGCUAUGGAAGAAACUAAUUCCUCUUAUGAAGGAAAUUCAUCUACAUUCUCCUUGAAGCAUGUUUUGAAUUUAUGUACUAUACACAUGGAGACUACAACCGAAGUAGCAGAAAUGCAUUAUCGUGCUGUAAUAAGAGCUUAUGUAGCAGAGGCAUUGGAAUUAUCUCAAUUUUUAAGAAAAGUUGCAACAAACAAGCUUCACGAUAGAGAAAAACCAUCGCCUACUACAGAUAAUGCAAAACAUGGGUCGACAUCGUUGCACGAGUUAGAUAGAUUUGGUUUCAAUGACUGGACUGACAUUAGGAUUUGGAGAGCUAUACAAGCAAGAUUUUGGGUACAAGUUAUAAGCGAGUUAAGGAAAGGUGUUAAAUUGAAAAAAGUAGAAGCCAAUUUACAAUCUCGAGGACAAGGGCAGAGACGAGGUGCAGAAUUUGAAUUAACCCCUUAUGAAAUUUUAAUGGAUGAUAUUCGGGAGCGAAGGUAUCGUCUGAAAAAGACACCAUCGCCGACACCUCAUUCAAAGAAGGACGUUCACGCUAUUAUUCUUGAAUUUAUUCGAAGUCGACCGCCUUUGAAAAAGGCAUCAGAGAGACAACUACCUCCUUUACGGAAAGAAUGCACUCUACGAGAAUUGCUGAUGGAGAGUAUAAAGAAACCCCCGAAGCCUUUACGAUCAUCACGUGAGAGACGGCAAGCUCCUACGAUUGAAGAAAGAGCACGAUCGAAUGGUGGAGAAUCGCGUAGAAUAGUGCUAGGUGAAGUGCCACCGAUUCAACCAGAACAGGAACAAGAACCUGCUCAGGAUGUUGCGGCUCAAUGGUUGCAGUCCGAUGAUCAGACCACGACGAAAACUAGUCUUGUUCCAGUACCACAACCACGUCAAAGGAUCGGAAAAUUUGAGAUUCGCGUGCCAGGAAAUAGGAAUCGUAAGUCGUGUAGAAGACGCAUUACGACGACAGAACAGACAUCCGACAUUAAUAACAUGAAAGAAAAUGGGUCGCCGACCGUACCGAAACCUGCUCGUAGAGAUUCCGAUAGUUUGAAUACCAGACGGACUAGAAAAAUAAUCCCCGUUGAUUUUGAUUUGAAGCUCGAUGCGGAAGACGAAGACGAUGAAGAUUAUAACGAUGAAUUAAAUGUAACAAGAUUCGAGGAAGAAGACGAGGCCUAUGAUUAUUCAUUUGAAAAUCGUGAUAUUCCAAAUGAUAAUAAAGAUCAUGAUCAUGAGAGAGACGACGAAGAUGUGGAUUCAGCGAAUCCUUGGAAAAAAACUGGUGGUCUUCGGCUUACGAGAAACGAGUAUCACCGUUUCUGCGAUACUCAACUGGAAUCAUACGAUCUUGCAACUCAGUGUCCUUCUAGAAGGGCUUCUGCAAGAAAACAUGCAGCCAGGCGUAAUAUAGGUCUUACAUCUUUUACUGGGACAACAUCUCUUCCGCAUUCAAGACCUCAAAGUCGACAACAUGCAAAUAUAACAGGAUCUACUUUGAGUCAAGGGACUAGUCCAAAUAUUAGUCUUAAUCCAAGUCCAAGUCUUAGUCCUCAGCCUAGAGCUAGACAACCUCGAAGAUCGAAUACGGUUGUUGAAGGAAAAGAUAGUACUGAAGAUCGAAACGUUGAUUGGCAAGAAGAUAAUACACAGAAACCAACCUUGGGUGAUAUGUUCUUUGAUGAAAGACUUUCAUUAACGUUAGAAGAAAUCGUACAUAUUCGAAGCGUAUUGACUAAAGCCGAAUUGGAAUCGCUGCCUGUUGAGGGUCAAGUAAAAGAAGAUGUCGAAAAAAGACGCGUUUGUUUCUUGUGUCUGAAAACAAGAUUUGGUUUAUUAGGGCCAUGGGGUCAACGUUGUCGUCUUUGCGAAAGAACAGUUUGUGUUAAAUGUUAUUCCAAAAUGCGGAUUCCAACCGAACAUUUUGCUCAUGUACCAGUGGUAUUAUUAUCUCCUGGUUUAUUGUUAUCGCCGUCAUCUUCAGAACCAGAUACAAGUGGAAAAAAUUCUUGGUUAAGAGGUACAGGAGCAGUUGGUUCAGCCCCAGCUUCACCAGCUUCUAGGCGUAAAGAUUCUGCAUUACGAAGUAUAACACCCUCUUCGACUCCUGCCACUACACCUCUUUCGGCCAUAACACCAACUUCGAUUCCUUCAUCUAAUUCUCGGCGAGACAUUGAUGCUUGUACAGCAGAAAAAAGAAAUUAUAAAGGAAGUGGUAGUCCAGCAACUACCACAUCUACGAAAGCAUUUUCAACAUUUGCUAGUCCAAGUUCUGAACAACGUUUGGCGGCAGAACGAUUAAGAGGUGUUGCUAUGGUUGUCUGCCAUGACUGCCGCAUCAUGGUGAUACAAAUUAUUAAAAGUUCUAGGACAACUCGGGCUACGAUACGCAACAAUGUUAUUUCUCGUCUUACUUUAAGUCUUUCGCCUGCAUAUGUUUAAAAUAUUUUUACUGAGCUAAAAUCUAAAAAAAUAUUCCAAAGCUCAGUUAAAAAAAAAGAAAAAAAAAAGACAACCCUGCAGUUCUUCUAAUAAUGGAAGAUAGAUAAUCCUAAAGACAAAAAAUCAAUAUAAGAUAUUGUAAGAGAUGACCUGUAGAUUAUAGAUUCUUUUUUCUUGUACAAUAUCACUGUUGAUCUUCCACAGAUACAUUCCAAGAGGUAACUAAGCACAGUUUCAAAUCUGUGAUUAUAUCUUUGGCAUAAACAAAGAAUAAAGCAGGGGAUGUAUAUAAAUCUUAAAAUGUAUUGUUAAAUGAGUUUAAAUUAUAUGAGUAACAUUAUUUUCUUACAUUUGUUUCAGCUUGCGCUAAGCGUAAUUAUAUUAAAUUUUACAAGAAACAACUAUUCAUAUAAUAUAUUGCACAUACCUUCAUUAGGAACAUUGAAAAUGACAAUUUAUUAUAUUUGAAUUAGCAAUAUUUUCAUACAUUUUUAGUCCUUAUAUACAAGAAUUACUAAUGCAUACAAAGCAUUUUCUAUUGCUUGCCCGAUCAAAUGAAAUUUCAUUCUAAUAUAUUGAUUAUGUUAUUUAAAUAAGAAUCCAAUAAUUUUUCUGCCCUGCUGCAUAAAUAAUACUAAAAAUCUAUAUUAUUAGGAAACUAAAAAUCAUAUAUUGUAUAGAAAAGAAAAUAUUAUAUUAUAAAAGAGUUAUCAAUUCAUCAAUACUAUUACAGUUCAACAAAUUAAUCUAAUAAAUCAGAAUAAUAGUAAUAUUUGGUAUAGUAUAUAAAUAUAUAUUAAUGCUUGAGCAUAAAUUGUUAAUGCAUGCAAUUUAAAAGAUAUAUAUUGUAGAGUGUCACUUUAUGUUUGCUUACAAAGCUAUUGUCCUAUUUUGUACUUGUGUAAUAAUUUAUUUUUUUUAUUCCAGUACCUGAAAGAUUAUUAAAUUUAAGUUUAUGUUACUAGUACAGAAUUUAUAUUUUAUUUAUCAUACAAUAUCUACUUUAUUUAAUAAUAUGAAUAUAAUAUUAAUUAUAUCGAUUCAGCCUAAAUAUUUUUUUACGGCAUAUAAAAAAUAAUAAAUAUAUAUUAUUUAUUGCUUUUUAUAUAUCGUAAAGAUUGAAGUAUGAUUUAAUUAUUGGAUAGUAAUAUAUAUUCGUCCUGCUAACCCUAUUUGUAAAAAAACAAAGAAGCAGGACAGAUAUAUGCUUCAACCCAAUAUAAUGAAUCAAAGUUAUAUUUCAUUUAAAUGUAUAAUGGAAAGUAAUAUUGAAUCUGUACGAAGUUUGAAUUAGUUUCAUAUGAGAAGUAAAACUUUAUCAUAUCAUAUUACUCUACAAUAAUAAUACUUUGCUCACAUUAAAAUGUAUAAUUAUAUGUAAUAUAUAUAAAAUACUAAUUUAUUUUAUCGGUUGAAAAAUGCGGCCGAACUAGUAAGCCUACAAAUUAUUAAGAUUCUUGAUUUUUGCAGUCUUGUGCACAAUAGUUAAUUAAUUUAAGUUAUAUUUUUUUAUAUGUGCUUAUAUAAUAUUUAAAUGAGAUUAAAUUUUAUUUAUACUUUUUUGUACACUAAUUUGUUCUUGUAAAUUAAUUAAAUUAGAAUGUACAC